AUGCAAGAUGAAAAUUUUGACCUUCAAGAUCUUAACAGUUUCGCGCAAGAAGUAAAUACCGAGAGCUUUUGUCCCAGUUUCUUGCAGAUGUUCUACGAUAGGACUAACGAGAGAUGCCCUACGGAGACCUGGGACUGGUACUCCUGGCAAAAUAAGGAGCACGAAGAGUCAAACGGGACUCUAAGUUACGAAAAAGAUAUCCAGUCUCCAGCCAGGAAGGAGCGUACGGCUUUCAGCAAAACACAGAUACACCGUCUCGAAGAGGAAUUUUCGAGAGCGAAUUAUUUGACCAGACUGCGCCGUUACGAAAUUGCGGUAGCGCUAAACCUCACUGAAAGGCAGGUAAAAGUGUGGUUUCAAAAUAGAAGAAUGAAGUGGAAAAGAACAAAGGGAACCAAGAAUACAAAGCGAAAGAACAACAGCUCUUAA